GUCAGUCAGAUGUGUCCAUGGCAGAGAGCAUCAUGUCUCCAGAUGAGAUUGAAGUGGAGAUGGCUCGCAUCCAGCGUCUCAGGGAGGUGCUGGUGAGGAGGGAGUCUGAACUGCGCUUUAUGGCGGACGACAUCCAGCUCUGCAAAGACAUCAUGAGUCUGAAACAGGAGCUGAGGAAGGUGGUAACUGUACCAGAGAAAGAGAAGACCAAGAAACAGAGACAGAGGGAGGAGGAGUUGAUCCUGAAUAUCCAUAAACUGGUGCAGAAGAGGGAUUUCCUAGUGGACGAUGCAGAGGUGGAGAGAUUAAGGGAGCAGGAGGAGGACAAGGAGAUGGCUGAGUUCCUGAGACUGAAGCUGAUGCCUCUGGAGAAGCUGGCCAGAGAAGCUGCCCAAAAUCCCCAGAAGCCCAAGAGACAAGUCCCUGAUCCUCCGCCAGGCAAGCCAUCCAUUACCAAGUCCAUCACCAUCAUCAAGGACUGCUGCGGAGCCACCCAGUGUUGUAUCAUGUAACCAUGGUUACAGAGGAGUUGGAGUACACCCUCCCAGUCACACACCACCUUAGCAACAACAACACAGUCACGCUGUACAUCUGUCACCUGACCUGGUCACUUGGUGUCAUAUCACCUAUUGUUACAUCACUUCCUGUGACCCAGAGAACCCUGGUGCAAAAUGGACACCCAUAUAGAGGUGAUGGAUGGACAGGCAUGGCCACAUGUACAGUAAUAAAUGGAAUAACGGAAAUGAAAUAUGUGGCACUAUAUAAUGUUAAAAGGCAAUUGGAAAUUGAAUAUAUGGGACCUGUACGGUAUUGUAAGCAAGCAAGAUAAGCUACAUUGACAUUUAAAUACACCAAUUUAUAUUGAUUAAGGGACUCAUUACAUCCCUCUUGAAACGUUCUUCAGAGAUCAAUAAUGACAUAUUGUUAUGAUGAGUUUCUCUGGUGUCAAGUAAUUCAGGAUGCAAGAAUAUACUUAAACAAUUAUAUGGAGAGUUAAUACAAAGUAUUUAAUAGAUACUGUACCGGGUUCGUCUAACAAAAGGCACGUGCUUUGCCUCUUGUCAUCCCAACUACUAGACAAAAUAAAUCUCUCAGUUUAUGUACUUCAUGUUACACGUUUCUUCAACAACAUCUGUUAACCAUCAGUGGACACUCCCUUCUUUGAUGGUAUUACCUUGUACCCCAAGUCAGUAUAUUAUGUCUAUCAAUCAUUCUAAGAUAAACCACAGUAACCUCCCUCGACAUACUGGAAUCCAGACUCUGCGGCACCAAGAGUCACCUAUCUAAUAAAUGUAACCUUGUUCCCACAACACCAUGAAAAGACAUAACACAUAUAUUCCUCAGAUUUACAAGCACAACGUUCCGUAACGAACCAACAACGCAUCAUACCAGGGUUCUCUGUUCACCAGGAAAUGACAUCAUGACUUAAUUGUUAUUCACGUUGCCAUUUUGAUAACGGGUAUUUACUGUAUGCUUCCAUUCCAACCCUUUAACGGAACAACUAGAACACCUUUUCUCAGACUUAGGACUGUAUGCUUACCAGGGUGGGGUCAAUUCCAUUUCAAUUCAGUCAAUUACUUACCAAAUGACCAGAUUUUAAAAUCAAUUGACCCAACCCUGAUGCUUGCACUGGAACUGUAGAUGAUGAAACACUUACUGCAGUACAUUUUGAUCCCUUUAUCAUAAAGGUAUACUUCCUAUAUAAACAGUAUUACUGAACACACAGUUGCUAUGAUACCAUUUGCAUUGGAAAGCUGCAACAAUCGCAUGAUUGAGUUAACUUUGUUUUUCUAUGAUGUAUAUUAAUGUAUCAAUAACCAACCAGUAUACAUGCAAUUAUGUUGCUAAGGUAAAGUCUGCCUUACAAUCGGUCAUUCAAAUCUUCACCAAAACAGUGGCAGUUAUUACCAUGGUAUUACUACAAUGUUAUUCAUGAUUACAAUGAAGUAUUGAUAGGAAAACAAUUAGCGUCAUACUUCGAGUCUAAGGAAUUUCUAUUACGAAACAUACCUUCGAUAAGAUUCUGGAAAAUAAAGUGUUUGUUGGAAUCUAAUGUUUGUAGCAGAUUAGAGAGUCCCGUUCAACUAAGUGACCCUCUACUUCAGAUUCUAUCCCUCGGUCACUUCAGAUUCUAUCCCUCUAUCCCCAUGCCUCCCUUUGGAUAGAUCUCUAAAGUAUUUACCUUGAUUCCUCAAGUCCUCUCCUUGCUUCUGAGGUUGAGAGAAGCAAAGAAUUGAGGAAAACACAGAGACCCAUCCCUGAACUUUGUUCUGUACUAUAUUAGUGAUGCUUUAUGAAGGUCCUAAUGUCCAAAUUGAACAAUAUGCAUAAAUGAGCUGAAACUACCUGUACAUAUAUGUUUAAAUAAAAGGCAUCUUUCAGGAA